AUGCUCCCUGGAACCCAAGACAAAUUACGGGAUGGCACAAAAUUUGAUUGUUACAUAGUUGGUAUUGCCGGUGGUAGUGGAAGUGGAAAAACUAGUGUUGCAGAACGAAUAAUUACGAACUUAAAUGUGCCAUCGGUAGUGGUUUUAAGCAUGGACUCUUAUUAUAAAGUGUUAACGUCUGAACAAAAGGUUGAGGCUUUUAAUUCUGCAUUUAAUUUUGAUCAUCCAGAUGCCUUUGAUUUUGAUAUACUUUUGGAAAAUUUGAAAGAUUUAAAAGAAGGACUUCCUCAAACAACUUCUUUACAUGGUCCAAAUGUUGUUAUAUUUGAGGGCAUUUUUGCACUAUAUGAUCGUAGGAUUACCGAUUUGAUGGAUUUGAAGAUUUUUGUGGAUACUGAUUCUGACAUUCGACUUGUCCGUCGAUUGAAACGGGAUAUCGAUCAGCGUGGCCGUGAUAUAAAUAGUAUUUUACAGCAAUAUCUUAAUUUCGUCAAGCCUGCAUUUGAUAAUUUUAUACAACCCACCGUGAAGAAUGCUGACGUGAUAAUUCCUCAUGGUCUUGAAAAUUUAGUUGCAAUUGACUUAAUUACUAAACAUAUUCAGUGCCUAUGCCCCACUAAAACUUUAAAGAUUGGAGAGUCAAUG